AUGCUUCCUCGCUGUAUUGUUUCUACUGCCAUUGCUGCACUGGUUGUGUUCAUUCAACCUUCGCUAGUCGAUGCCUUCUGCAGUUUAUCUACUAGUCCAUGCAGACAACAAUCAUUGUAUUUGGCAUACUCUGAUAAUUUUGAUCAUGAUGUUGGAGAAAAAGGGAGAGAGGAUUCGAGGGGAAGACGGCAGGAAUACUUGGCAACUUGUAUUCCAGGUCUGGCACCGUAUUUGGAGAAAGAACUGUCUGACUGUGGAGUCUCGAGCACUCAAGUAUUGAGUGACGCUGCCGUCUCAUUCUCGGUAUCGGACGAGACAGUUCCCUUGAAGGUGCUUCUUUGGGUCCGCACGGCUCAUCGACUCUUGGAAAAGAUUGACACAUUCUUUGACUUGGAAUCACGUGAUGACGUCUAUGAUGCGGUGCAAAACUGCAGGUUGCCCGUCAAGGAUCUUUUGGGGGAUGGUCAAGGAGGGCUUCUGUCCCUCAGUGUCAAGGUGAUUGCCAACGGACGUCUGCCAAAGGAUAUUUCGCAUUCCCACUACACUGCCUUGACCAUAAAAAAUGCAUUGGUAGAUCAGGUUCGCCAGCUCAAGGAUGGAGAGCGCCCCGAUGUUGAUUUGGACGACCCUGAUGUCCCUUUGGUAGCGAUUUUUCAUGGGCAGGGAAUGCGGGCCGAUAUGACGAUGUACCGAAGUCUAGCGCCGCCGGGGAGUCUGCACAAAAGAGGAUAUCGCUCUGGGGGGGCUAUUCAUAAGGCCGCCAUGAAAGAAUCUCUCGCAGCUGGGCUGCUUCUUGCAGCAGGUUGGAACGAGGCCGUCCACAGUGUCAAGAAGGCAAUAGAAGAGAAUGACAGCGCUGAAGGGUUGACUCUAGUUGAUCCAAUGUGUGGGAGUGGAUCUUUACUCGUGGAAGCUGCCAUGAUGACUGUAAACUUCCCACCAGGGCUGAUGCGUAUAAUCAAUCAUGUCCCUGGUCAUCAGGUUCCACCUGUACUCCGGUGGAAGGGGAAUAAAGAUUCUUUGAUGCCGAUCUGGAAGGAAAUGCUCUUGGGUGCCUCUACAACUGUGAAGAAGCAAUUCGCAUGGUUGAGUGAGCACGAUGGGAUCAUUAACCUGAUUGGCAAUGAUAUUCAUCCAGGCGCUUUAGAAUUGGUCGAAGCUAGCUUGAAAAGUGCAGGUGGGUUGGAUAGAUUAGUGGACUUGCAUCAGAAUGACUGCCAAGAAUGGAAUGUGCUUCAAGGGCAAGCCCACGAUGAUAAGCAAGUAUGGGUAGUGACAAAUCCUCCAUGGGGUGUCAGACUUACCGAUGAUGAUCACAUGAGUUGGGAAUCUCUCCGAACGUUUCUCCGAACAAAUUGCCCACCAGGAAGAACGCAGGCUUGGGUGCUGUCGGGCAACAAACUCGCAACAAAACACCUUGGAUUGCGACGGUCGCAAAGUGUGGUUGCGAAGACUGGACAGCAAGACCUUCGAUGGAUCCAAUACAAGAUUCUCGAGAAGAGAGAGGUAUACGACAACAAGCCAGACUCAAACCAGGACGCUCAGGUCAGCAGCGACGACAGCAAUCCGCCGCGUCGAAUCAUGCGGACUCGCAAUGUAAACAAUCUGCCGUCUACGCAAGUGCGGCGUCGCACAAAGAAACCACCAAGUAAAAAUGUUUCAAACGCCGACGAUAGUUGGAUUUAG